AUGGAAGAAGAUGCAUAUAUAAUCGUUGAUGUAUACUAUAAUGGGGUGUUCACACCUACCUCAUUGAUGUAUUUUGAUGGAGUAAAAGCAUUUGUACCAUACACGGUUGUGAACAAGAUAAACUUCCUUGAUUUCAUCCCCUUUCUUGAAAAGCUUACUAACGGAAGAUGCAGAGAUAUGUAUUAUUGUCCACAUGAACUGAGGUUGUCUGAGGGAUUACAUGCUAUUCAGAAUGAUUGUGAUUUUAACGAGUUUCUUGAAGAUAUCAAUGAAAAGAAGAGAUUGGAUGAGUAUGUGGAUCAUCAUCAUGAACCUUUGUUUGAUUGGAUUCAGGAGGAAGAAGCAGACCUUGAAGAUGAUGAUUUGGUUUCUAUUGAUGAUGUUGACUCCAUUUUAGAAGAUGGUCUGAAAGCUGAACAUGUAGAGGAUGAUAAAGUUAUAUCUCUCAAAAGAAACUUCAAUGAUCAAUUCCUCAACAAACUUUGUCCAAUACAGAAUGAUGACUUGGUUGAAGAAUAUCAUAAUGCAAUACGACCUAUCUACCCAAGACAUGAUCAUACUCAGAAAUGGAAUGAGAUGAAGCCUCGAUUAGGUAUAAAAUACUCUACUACUGCUGAACUUAAAUACUCUCUUAGUUGCUAUGCUGUAGCAAAUGGUUAUGAUCUGUGGUAUGAAAAGAAUGACAAGAGUAGAGGACAAGGCUAG